AUGUCUUGGUUUUCGAAGAAAGCUUCCAAGGCGCUCAUCGCCGGCAUGCAUCUAACGCGCAACGAAGCCCAAAUCCUCGUACGAGCCUGCCAAGAGCUCGAAAGCUUCAUGACCCGUCAGGCGGAAGAGAUCAAAGCCUUCCCCAAAACCGAUCGAAGCGAAGCGCGCCGCGCCUUGGAAUCGAUUCAAGAGCGUCAUCACCGUAUCGACCGUCGCCUCGACGACCUCGCCCUCCGCCUCCGCAACAACCACUCAAAAGAGCCCUCGAGGAAAGAACUCGAAGAAGCCACAAGAAGUAUGAGCUGGAAACACCUACGCUACAAAUACGCCUCGAAACCCUCGAAGAUGGGCCGGGAAGCCGCCGCACAGCGAUACUGGCCACGAAUUGCGGAAAGCUAUGCGACUCUUCUCCAAGUCCUCGGGAACUUCAGACAAGACCUCGAAAACGGUGUGAAAGAUGAUACACUUUGGUCCAAGGAAGCGCAGAAGCGGAAUCGUCGCUCUAAUCUCAAGUCACUCAAAUUAGCACUGAAGUGCUCUCCUCGGAUCGAGUCAGAGCUGAAGUCAGAGGGCAAGCAUGUUGUUUUCAAUGAAACCGUCUGUUGUAAGAACUUUAGCUGUAUUGAUGCACCAGAGGAGGCAGGCAAGACGCAGCCAAAUGCCGAGUGGCUAUACUAUGGGUGGAACAACGAUUUCAUAAUGAAACUUGCUAAUGAUAGGAAACGAUCGACGAAGAAGUUUCAUAAGAGGGCGUAUGAAAAGAGGGUAGAUGCGCGGUCCGUCGCGCGUUUUCGGGAAAGAAGAAGGCAGGCUGAGGCUGGUGAAGGGGGAGAGGAGGCGACAGGAGCAACUUCACUGGAAGAAAGUAGUAUCGUCAGCGGAAGUGGCCUCACCGGUACAAGUGGGAAGGAGAAAAGCAGAACAUUGUUAUCUGGAUGA